ACGGUGAGACGAUGAAGUGGAGAUGUAGUCUCGCGGGCAAUUGCGCGGCGCAGUGGACGCAUCGGCUGCUUCGGCUGCUGCAACGUUGAUAAAAAUGUGAAACUACGGGAGCGACGAUUCCGUCUGAAUAGCCAGAGCGAAAUAAAAAAUGGCGGCGAACAGCGAAGUGCCGGUGGACAUCAGCGAGAGUAACGCACUUGGCAGCGAUCACACGACACUUAAGAUGGAAACCAUGGAAGUAGCUGAGCCAGUGGUGCCAUUGGGAAAGGACGCAGCGACGCCAAAUGACAAGGAGGCAGUGUCAGUGGACGACAUGACCUCGCGAGACUACUACUUCGACUCGUAUGCACACUUUGGGAUUCAUGAAGAGAUGCUGAAGGAUGAGAUAAGGACAAUGACGUACAGAAACAGUAUGUACCACAACAAGCACCUGUUCAAGGGUAAAACGGUACUGGACAUAGGCUGCGGCACAGGUAUCCUGUCGAUGUUCGCAGCGAAGGCAGGGGCGACUCGCGUCAUCGGCAUCGAGUGCUCGAACAUAGUCGAAUAUGCAAAGAAGAUCGUGGAGGCGAACCAGCUCUCGAAUGUGAUAACGAUCCUGAAGGGAAAAGUGGAGGAAGUGACUCUGCCGGAUGGUAUUGAGAAGGUAGACAUAAUAAUAUCCGAAUGGAUGGGCUACUGCUUGUUCUACGAAUCGAUGCUGGACACGGUCCUGUUUGCCCGAGAUAAGUGGCUGUGUGAAGACGGAAUGCUGUUUCCGGACAAGGCGACACUUUUCAUAUGCGGCAUCGAGGACCGCCAAUAUAAGGACGAGAAGAUAAAUUGGUGGGACGACGUCUACGGAUUUGACAUGAGCAGUAUCAGGAAAGUUGCGAUAAGCGAGCCGUUGGUGGACGUUGUCGACCCAAAACAGGUUGUGACGAAUGCUUGCCUGAUAAAAGAGGUCGAUCUGUACACGGUAACAAAGGCGGACCUGGAUUUCACGUCGCCGUUCAAUCUACAGGUCAGAAGGAACGACUACGUCCAGGCUCUGGUCACAUUCUUCAACAUAGAGUUUACCAAGUGCCACAAACGCAUAGGAUUCAGUACGGCGCCUGAGGCCCAGUACACGCACUGGAAACAGACUGUAUUUUACUUUGACGAUUACAUGACUGUGAAAAAAGGGGAGGAAAUAUAUGGAGUGUUCUCAAUGAAGCCCAACGCGAGAAAUAAUCGAGACCUCGACUUCAGCAUCGAACUUGACUUCAAGGGUGAAUUGUGCGAGGUGCACGAAACUAAUACGUACCGCAUGCGCUGAUUCACACUUGGCGUAUAAAGAGAAAAUAUGAAAAUUGAUCUAGCUACUUCCGCAUUCUCUAUUAGAUAUUAAGUCCGCCUUUCGGCCAAUUCUCGUGGCUCACUCAGCCGUGCCACUCUGGUCCGAUAACGACAAAAAUUACGACCUGACCCGAGCCGUGGGUCAAAAGGAGAAGCUUGGAUAUUCGCGAUAAUCCGUUGUGGAAAAAUGGGAUUCCAUUUUUAUUUAGGAGAAAUUAGAAGAAAUAAUAAAAAUUAAAAAAAAAAAUUAAAAAAUUACCAUACUUUACAUUGAUCUUUCUUGAAGAGGGACAAAUUAACCAAACAUCACAAAGAUGAAUUUUCCUAUACAAUUAAUACCAACCCCCUAUAAGUUAUCUUAAUUAUAACAUAUUUGGCUCACAGGUUCUUACAUCAAAUAUUCUUCUUUUUAGUUUUUUCUUGAUUUUAACUCGCUUUUGUCAGACAAAUGGUAUUCUCGAUUAAUGGCAAGGAUGUUUCUACCCGCAACAGCAUCCUUUUGCCAUGCUAUUGUUUUUGUUCAUACAUUUUUUUUCCUAGUACCAAUAAAAUUACAUAUUUACUUGGAAGUAUAGGAAUUGAAAUGUAGACUAACAAUUCGGAGUUUUUGAAGCUCCUAUUUUUAACAUUAUUUUUGUUGUUCGACUUCAAUGACCGAUAAAAAAUAGUAUAUGCUCCGAAUAGGUUAUAAUUCAAAUCUAAGCGAUAAUGAAAUAUUAGCCAAUAUUUCAAAAACAAUUACCAAUUCACAUCAUCGAGCGUGGAAGUAAAUGAUUUAUCGACACAGGGACUAGGCUAUCGAUUAUUGUUCUAUUAUUGAUUUCGAUUCACAUAAUAAUUGUAACAACGGAGAAUCUUCUUUGUCUGAGUUGAUAAUUCUAGUCAGGUAAAAUCGGUUUUCUACUAGGUUGCUAACUAGACAAGGUAAUUGUCAAACCAGCAGGCAAACGUAUUUCUAAUCAUGCCGACAGACCGCCAAGUCACAGUGCAGCUGUAUAUAUUAUACUAUGUAUAAUUUUUAUAAGGAAUCAUUACUGUUUGUUAGAUUGAUGUGAAAACGGAAAACGGAACACGAAAAACAAACUUCUUUCCCCACUCUCAUCCCAUUUCUUUGAGUCCCGUAAUAUGCCAGGGUUCCAUUGCAACGUGAUUAUAUAAUUAUGUAUGUAACAAUAAAAUUAAUACAUUUGCUAUGAA